AUGGUUACAAAAGGAAAUCCUGGGGACAAUAGGAAUAAUAGGAGUUCAAUUUCUAUUUUCAUCAUAGUUGGCUUGUGUGGUUUCUUCUAUAUAUUGGGUUUGUGGCAACGGAGUGGUUUUGGAAAGGGAGAUAGCAUAGCUGUUGAGAUUACUAAGCAUACAGAUUGCAGUGUCCUCUCUGAUCUAAACUAUGAGACUCACCAUGAUGAUGAUGGAAUUGAUGGUUCUGACGCACAAAUCAAGGAGUUCAAGCCGUGUGAUGAUCACUACAUUGAUUACACCCCUUGUCAUGAUCAAGCACGGGCAAUGACAUUUCCCCGAGAAAACAUGGCCUAUAGAGAAAGACACUGUUUUCCUGAUGAAGAAAAGUUGCAUUGUCUCAUACCGGCCCCCAAAGGAUAUGCAACACCAUUUCCAUGGCCCAUGAGUCGUGAUUAUGUACCAUAUGCAAAUGCGCCUUACAAGAGCUUGACAGUUGAGAAGGCUGUGCAGAAUUGGAUACAAUAUGAAGGGAAUGUUUUCAGGUUCCCUGGUGGUGGAACGCAGUUUCCUAAUGGAGCUGAUGCUUACAUAGAUGAACUUGCAUCUGUUAUUCCAUUGGACAAUGGGAUGAUUAGAACUGCAUUAGAUACUGGUUGUGGGGUUGCUAGUUUUGGUGCAUACCUGUUUAAGAAAAAUGUUAUUACUAUGUCCAUUGCACCAAGAGACUCUCAUGAAGCACAAGUUCAAUUUGCUUUAGAAAGAGGCGUUCCAGCAAUCAUUGGUGUUCUUGGAACAAUAAUGCUUCCCUUCCCUUCUGGAGCUUUCGAUAUGGCACAUUGUUCUCGCUGCUUGAUUCAAUGGGGUUCAAAUGAUGGAAUGUACAUGAAGGAAGUUGACCGGGUUCUUAGACCUGGUGGUUACUGGAUAUUGGCUGGUCCUCCCAUCAACUGGAAAACUAACUUUCGUGCAUGGCAACGUCCUGAUUAUGAGCUUGAGGAGGAGCAACGGCAGAUUGAGAAUAAUGCUAAACUUUUAUGCUGGGAAAAGAAAUAUGAGAAGGGUGAAAUAGCGAUCUGGAGAAAAAAAUUGCAAAGUGGUGAUUGCGUUGAACAAGAUACUCAACCUACAAUGUGUGAAACCACAAAUUCUGAUGAUGUCUGGUACAAGAAAAUGGAAAAUUGUGCAACUCUUACUAAAUCUACUGGUUCAUGGAAGCCAUUCCAGGAGAGACUCAAUGAUGUUCCUUCCAGAAUUACCAGUGGAUCUGUUCCUGGUGUAUCUGCGGAAGCAUUUGAAGAGGACAACCGAUUAUGGAAGAAGCAUGUGAAUGCAUACAAACGGAUCAACAAAAUCAUUAGCUCAGGGAGGUAUCGCAACAUAAUGGACAUGAAUGCUGGUCUGGGAAGUUUUGCUGCCGCACUGGAAUCACCCAAAUUAUGGGUUAUGAAUGUUGUGCCCACAAUUGCUGAGAAAGCUAACCUGGGUGUUAUAUUUGAGCGUGGAUUGAUUGGCAUUUAUCACGACUGGUGUGAAGCCUUCUCCACAUAUCCGAGGACAUAUGACCUUAUCCAUGCAAAUGGUGUUUUCAGCUUGUACAAAAAUGUAUGUAAUGCAGAAGACAUUCUGUUGGAGAUGGACCGUAUACUACGGCCUGAAGGAGCAGUGAUAUUCCGAGAUCAAGCCGAUGUGCUAAUGAAGGUGAAAAGAAUUGUGAAAGGAAUGAGAUGGAAUACCAAAAUGGUGGAUCAUGAGGAUGGUCCACUGGUUUCAGAGAAGGUGUUGUUUGCUGUCAAGAAGUAUUGGGUUGCAGGUGACAACACUACGAGCUCAGAGUGA